UUUUUUUUAUUGGGGUGAGAUCACCUGGUUGAUUAUAUCUUCUAUUCUGUCUUCCGUGUGUGUGUGUGUUUGCGUGUAUAUAUAGAAAGGGAAGAGAGAUAUAUACACGUUUGUAUCUCCCCUCUGCGUGUUUUCUCUCUCAUACACACACGCAUAUAUUUAUAUAUGUUUGUGUGUGGUGAGCUGCUCAACACGUUACAUCAUCCGCACCACCAGAUUUCCCAAAGUUUAACACUCCUUUAUACAUAUAGAGAGAGAGACACACACAUGUAACACACACCACCUGUAGUCUAGUUUCUACUCCCUCCUCUUUGUUGUUUACUCUAUUGGGCAUUCACGGCGAAAAAUCGUUAACUGAUAUUAUUUGUUCCUUCUUCUUGGUGUUGUCAUUUUUGGUUUUCUUCUUCUUUCUUCCCUUAUUUUUUGGUUCUUUAAUAUUUUCCUAAUUAUUAAUUAGUAUUAACUUCUACUGCUUUCAUUGCUGUUUUCAUUAACUGCACGACACAAAGUAGUUUAGUUAAACACUUCCAACAUACAUACAUACACGUACACAAUAUACAUAUAUAUACACUGUCGUAUCUAUACACAUGUAUAUUUAUACAAAAAAACACAUAGACGCAACACCUACCUAUCUCUAUAUUAUCCGUGUUCAGCUAUAAAUACCUAUACAUAUGUGUUUAUAACUUAUACAAACUUAACAAAAAAUAUCCCAGUAUAUUAACCGGAAUUUUCAGUAAGUUUUUCUUCGUUUAUUUGAGCUUUUGAACUCUCACGAAGUAAGGUGUGUCUGUGUGCACAUACAUUUAUAUAUAAAACACGUAUAUAUAAACAUAUAUAUUAUAUAUGUUUAUAUAUAUGAAUGCGUGUGUGACAAAAAACUUUCGAUUUCUAAGUUGUUUUUCCUUUCUCUUCCUUCAAUACUUCGAUUUCAUUCCUUCCUCCUUUUGUUAUCCGCCUCCCUCUGUAUAUAUAUCUUAUCUAUAUAACAACUAUAGGUGAACUAUACAAUAACCUCGCCAUUUCUACAUUAAAUAUACACAAUUGUUAAUGACUGAAGAGGAUCGUGUUCUGAGAAAUGUUCUACUCGAGUCGUCGGAUUGUGAUAGUCGCACCUUGCUGGUGGCCAACGCCAACGGAGGUACAAUACCCGAAAUUGCCGACUUAGACGUUGAAGUGGCGUUCGCAACGAGUACGCACCGGCCUGCGGGGCCGGGCGGGACCUGCAGUACGGGACACCCGAGGUCGCCGACCCGCGGUACGGGCAACAACGAGAGCUCGCCGUUGCUCAACCGAGUGGAGUACGAGUACGGCUUGUUCGGUAAUUACUUCGCAGAUGACUUGGAAUUCAAUGACUGUAUCCGACAGGCUGAAGUAGCCAUAGUCCAGGGCAACUUCCCCGAAAGAAUCUACCAAGGAUCGAGUGGCAGCUAUUUCGUUAAAAACGCCGAUACAGAUCCGAAAAUUAUUGGAGUCUUCAAACCCAAAGAUGAAGAACCAUAUGGCCAUCUAAACCCUAAAUGGACCAAAUGGAUGCACAAAUUAUGUUGUCCGUGUUGUUUUGGGCGGAGUUGUUUGGUUCCCAACCAAGGUUACUUAUCAGAGGCUGGAGCCAGCUUGGUCGACCAGAAAUUAAACCUUAAUAUUGUUCCGAAAACGAAGGUGGUAAAAUUAGCAAGUGAAACUUUUAAUUAUACAGCAAUUGAUAAAAUGAAAGCUCGAACCAAGAAAAAUAUAAUGAACCGGGUUCCUGCAGUGGGUCGACGCUUCCACAGAAUUGGUUUACCUCCAAAGGUUGGAUCCUUCCAGUUAUUUGUCACUGGCUACAAAGAUGCAGACUACUGGCUACGAAAGUUUGAUAACGAAGCCUUACCUGAGUCCACCUCAGUGCACUUCCAGAACCUCUUUGAACGACUCGUUAUUCUAGAUUACAUAAUCAGAAAUACAGACCGAGGGAAUGACAACUGGCUAAUAAAAUAUGAGACUGCUGCUGCAGGGACACCUGACGAAGGCUGGGACAUGAUAGAAAACCCCCGGAUAUCAAUUGCUGCUAUUGAUAAUGGCCUCGCAUUCCCUUUCAAACAUCCCGAUGAAUGGCGGACCUAUCCCUACCACUGGGCCUGGUUGUCUCAAGCAAAGAAGCCUUUCUCUCAGGAAAUAAAGGAUCUUGUAUAUCCAAAAUUGGAUAGUGCGGAAUUCGUCCAAGGAUUGUGUGAAGAUUUGUAUGAAUUAUUUCGGCAUGAUAAAGGGUUUGAUAAAGCAACAUUUGAAAAGCAGAUGUCAGUGAUGAGAGGACAGAUAAUAAAUAUACAACGAGCUCUACAAAAUGGCAAGUCUCCUGUAGAAUUAGUUCAAAUGCCUGUGGUAACGGUGGAGCGAACAUCAAACUUGGUUGGUUAUCCUCGAUUUACACAAAGUUUUGCUCACAGGGCACCGUUCUUUUCUUGGUGCUGACAUGACUCAGUGUUGCUGUCAUCAUUUGGUGUUGCUGUCAUCACUUGCUGUCUCGGUCAUUGCUAAGUGAUGCUGACAUCACCUGAUGUCACUCAUCACCUGGUAUCAGCCACCGCCUGGUUUUCUUGCUAUUAAACAGGUACAUGUGAUGUUUUCAUCAACUGUGAAAUUCUGACAUUACCAGGUGAGGUGGUUGUCAUUACCAGGUGUGGCUGUCAUCAUUGCUAGGUGAGGCUGUCAUUAUCACCUGGUGUUCCUGUCAUCACCAGGUGAUAUUAUUGCUGUUCUUUCCUUUGUUAUUCUUUCACAACACACCUUUUUUUUUAUUUAUUUCCCUUUGUUUCUUCACCCCCACCCCAUCCACACACCUUUUUUUUCAUUUCUUUAUUUUUAAAUAUUAUAUUUGUUAAUUUCUCUGUCAACUCCCAUCUGCACA